GCGCUGAUUGGUCGAGUUCUGCACCGACGGCGCUGAUUGGUGCAGGCAGCUUGUUGUUCAACUUAACUGAACCGGAUGUAAAACUAAAACAGCUUCACUAAUACGAAAGAUCCACUGAUUGAUACCUGUGGUCCACUGGGACCAUGUCGGACAGUGAUGGCAUUGCACAGGAGCCAACUGGACUGGAUGGUCUGCCACCAAUGCACAGCAUUUCCAAGGGAGAGGUGGUCUCUGUGCAGACCUAUGGAGCCUUUGUCAGACUGCCAGGAUACAAGAAGGAAGGUCUGGUGCAUGUGAGUGAAAUGUCAGCCUCGCGCGUUGAAAACGCCUCAGAAAUUGUGGAUAUGGGGGAAAAGGUGUGGAUUAAAGUCAUUGGGAGAGAGAUGCGAGAUGACAAGGUGAAGUUGUCCUUUUCAAUGAAAGCUGUCAAUCAGGGAACUGGACAGGACUUGGACCCAAACAACGUCAUGGGAGAGCAGGACGCAAGGCGACGCAGACAAUUCCGAGACCACACAGGCAACAGGAUCACACUGGAGGCCGUCCUCAACACCACGUGCUCAAAGUGCGGUUGCAAGGGUCACUUUACAAAGGACUGUUUCUCCGCUCCGGGCUUGCAGUACGCUCUGUUACCCGACGAGGACGACGAAGAGCCGCGGCGGCAGCAGCAGCAGCUCCCGCUGCCGCGGCAGCCGUCCUCGGUUGCACCACAGCUGGAGUCAGGCAAAAAGAAGAAGAAGAAGAAGAAGAAAACCAAGAAGAAGAGGGAGAGAAAGGAGUCGGAGAGCGGCAGCAGCAGCAGCAGCGACGGCGGCGAGUGCAAAACCAAGAAGAGGCGCCGCGAGCACACUCACGACAAAGAGGACAAAAAGAAAAAGAAACACAAGAAACACAAAUCGCACAAACACAGCUGAGACAGACACUCAACUGAAACCCACGUCGCCAGUCACACGACCGACGCGAAUAAAGAGGAAGUGGGUAGCAACAGACGGAGGGACAGACUUCCCGCUGUGAAUCCUUUACUUAAACUUCCCCAACAAUAGCUUGUUUAGAAAAAAAAAAAACUUAAUUGAUUUGAGUGAAGGGAAGUUCUCACCACCUGUUUUCUUCAUGUCGCUGGAAGCACACUCAGGCCUCCUGUCAAAAUAUGUCGAGAGCAAAGAGUGUCUCCCGCUCAGAGGUAGGUCACAUAUAUGUCACCCUUAUGGAAGCAAGUGGAACCGCUCCGGGAAUCCAGAUAUUGUUUACAGCUAUCAGGUUUCAUUAAGAAGAUGACGAACCUGAAUCUUCCAACAACCCACAUUAAAAAAGCUACACACACACUCACAGGAAGUAGUCGGGACAAACAGGACGUGUAAGUGCAGCACAAGUGAGCCCGAUAGGAAGCGUGGGUGGCGAUGACAUCCUGAGGUCGGAUGCUUCUUAUUGUUCGUGUGUGUGUAGAUCAACAUGUGAGUUUGUGUAUCUUUGCCGCCCGGUGACUGUGCAUUACACACAACCUUCCUUCCUGCCUGUCAGCUGUUAAAUCCAUUAAAGGAAUGUUUUUUAUUAUUAUUUGAGAACACAAAAGAUACGUCUUGGUGAUUUUGUUCUUGGACCUUGAACUCGUAAUGUUUCCUUUUAAAGUGAGUUCAUAGGGGGACCAAAAGAGACACACACACACGUGUGUGUGUGUGUUUGGGUUUGGUCCAGCCCUGCAGUUAGAUAACAGUAACGUGUGCCAGAAUAGAACUAAGCUGAGGUAUUUACACAACACCUUUAUGUCCCAUGAGGUCAAAGAGUAGCGUUUUUCAGAUCUUUUCAAAUGGUUUUCCCCUCGUCAAGUAAGAGAACACAAAGGAAUGUUGAGGAAUCUGACCCCGAAGCUCCGACAUGUAGGAUUGUGCAGAGAUGUUUUCCAGCUGCAGUGAUGUGUCUCGGUGCAAAUCUGUUGGCAGGUACAACAGCACAUUAGUUACUCUCAAGAACAUUGAACAUCAUUUCAAUAUAACUGGAACAAACAGUUGAGAAUUCCAUGUUUCUACAUAUUUGUCCAGCUUCUGACACAAUGUUUGAUUUUGGGAGGGCUGGAACGUUCUUUUCCUCAUGAUGUCCCUGAGUUCUGACACAGUUCUGCUUCCAUGAGGGAUUAACUCAUUUAUCUUAAAAAAUCUUAUUUUACAUUAUAUCAGAGUUGGAAAUUAAAGACAUUGUAGUUAAUUGUUAAUCUGGUUUAUUAAAUCACAACUUUAAAUUGUA